CUUGCGCCGAGCACCCCUCCUCCUCCUCCUCCUCCUCCUCCUUCUUCUUCUUCUUCUCUCUCUCUCUCUCUCUCUCUCCAGAAACCGAGCAACAAGCUCUCUGUUCGAGACCUUGGCCAGAGUCUGUUUAUUUACAUUCUUCCCGAUUUUCCACCAUCUUCGACGCGGCUAUUCUCACGAUACUAUUCAGAUCUCCCCCUCCUCUUCCUAGACACAAGCUAAUUACUGCUGUAGGCAUAUUUCACUGACCAAGGCGAGUUUGUGCCAUGUUCUCUCCACAAAUCUCUGCUGCAAUGUUGCGAUGCAGUCAGCCAACCACAAGGACAAUUUGGAGAAGCGCUUUGAGGGGGCAGAAAACCCCCCACCCCAAAGACGCCCCGGUUGGGCUUAACAUCUUGGAACCACCCCCCGCCAAUCAACGGCCGGCUGAGCCAGUUCCAGACACUAAUACGACCCGAUUAGCAGUGCCGCAUGUACCUCGACCUGCUGGCGGGUUGCAUUACAACUGGCGCAACCAUGGUCUUUGUGCAACCGAAUGAUGUCCUAUGCUCAACUGUUUUCUUUUCUUCUUUCUUCAGGCCUUUUCGUGUCUCCCCGCCUUAUUCCCUUCGGCGGAGUUCC